ACCGGCUCUGUGGUGGGUACAGGCUGGUCUGCAAGUACUGAUACACUAUGUAAAUGGUCGUAGAGCACUGCACUGGCAUUUAACAUGUUCUAGCCUGAGAGAAAACAUGUAAUUGGAAGACAUUUUUUUUUACACUGAUGAUUUUUAGGAAAAAGACUGGAUGAAUUAAGAGUUUUACUUGUGAAGCAAAUAUUUUUUUUUUCCUUCAUAUUUUGAAAUACUAAGAUAUUGGUGCAACUCUUUAUAAGCAAGAAAAAAGGAAGUAUAGAAAUGACUGACACAAACCUAUAAGCGAAGAUGAGAAGGACAACCACAGAAGAAGCACAGGCUGGGUUGACAACUGAUUGCUAAAAUAUUUAUUGUGUCGAAAACAUCAAUAUUUAAGGAGUUUAUAAAAAUCAUACAUCAACAGAAAAAGCAGACAACUUCAGAAAGACAUUAAUGAUGGCAACAUCCGAGGACCUUUCAUCCCAGUCUAACUCGACCCAAACCGUGAAAUAUUAUCCAAAGUCUCAAACUGUAACGUUACCAAAUGGGUUGGUUUCUGUGGCAGGUGUCACGGUGGUGACGGGGGGAGCGGAGCUGUCCUGUGGAUCCUGUAUGUUGGCCUUUGGUGUUUGUGGCACUCUGGUUGGUUUGAGUGUGGUGGCAUUGGGUUUAUGGGACCAUUUGGAGUACAAGAACAGUGGUCUGUCACACCUUCUGGCUCUUGGAUUGGUACUGCUGCUUACCAGUUCGAGUCUGGUAGCCGUGAUCUUUGGCCUCCGUUUCUUAAUGAAAAAGAGAAGGAUGAUGGCCAGAAGAGAGAGGGCAGAAGCUAAUUUAGUGUUGGUUAAUGAUUAUGCAGAAGUUGUUUUAAAAAGAGUCACGGUGUAAAAGAGCAGCGAAGGGAAAUAUAUUUUACAGUUUUGUUCUCUUUGAAUAUGUCAGACUCCCCGCUGCUUCAUCCUUCUUUUUCUCCAUCACCGUUUGCUUAAUCAUGAAGGAAUGCCACAGGAAAUUCAUUGGGUUCAGUGCUACAGGAAACACUUUGCUGUUUCCUGUGAUUUCAGAAUGCACAAGAGACAUUUACUUCUGUAUUCAUGUGUAUUUAAUAAAAACAGUUUAUUUAUACUCUUCAAAGGGCUAAACUGUUAGAAUUAUAUUUUGAAUUUAAGUUUUAAUGAAUAUUAUUACACAGCUUUUUAACUUUUAAAUCUAAGCCCAUAAAUCAAUUUUUGUACUUAAUUAAUAUAUUAUAUUCAAACUACAUUUUCUCCAUUACCAUAUAAUGCCAUUAAAAUGAAACAUCAGUUACAUCACAUCUGCAUAGUUUAGCGUAUAUAGAUAUAGUAUAGGGUAUGUGUGACCGUGGACCACAAAACCAGUCAUAAGUCACACGGGUAUAUUUGUAGCAGUAGCCAACAAUACAUUGUAUGGGUCAAAAUUAUCGAUUUUUCU